CUCAAGACCUCUGAAGGGAUUCUUGCAUCUGACGCAUACACGCUUCUCCUUCUCCUGGAAGAUAAUAUUUGCCAUCAGAAUUAUUAUGCGAACCGUAGUGAUCUCUCUCCAGUUCAGCAACAUGUUCUGAUAUGACUUUCCUUUUGUUGAUCAUGAAAACCUCCAGAAUACCAAGACCUCCAGUUCCGACAUGUUCUUUCUGUGCCUUUUUUUUAAAGAUCGCAACUGCUUUUCAUUUUUCCUUGUUGUGCUCCAGGCCGACGCAGUACGCAAAGUUACAUAUUGUUGUAGAGGCACGCGCACGUAUCACAGCAUAUUUAGCAUAUUGUGAAUACCGAUACGUAUAGCGAUAGCUCCCGUUUCUAGUUGAGCGGAGAUAUUAGAACCUCUACCGAAUUGACUGAAAAACAACCUUUUUCUUUUUUACCUUUUUUCCCCAGCAAAGUUCUUACUAGAAAGAUCAACUUCUAUAACAAGCACGAUACCACACGACCCCAACCCUUUCACAAAAAUUUCGAAAAUGGGCAAACUCGAUAGCAGUCUCGACGACCUGAUAGCGAAAAACCCGACCAAACCUUCCUUCCCACCCCGCGAAACCAAAUCCAACAGCAGUACCGCUACCGCCACCACAGCUUCGGGCAGCCCUCGAAAAAACAGCAAGAUGAAGGGCAAAGGGAAACAAGGAGCGAAAAGAACCGGCAGUAUAAAAGGUGCUUCAUCUUCUAUUUCAACCAAGGCUGGCGCAACUACUUCUAAGGGCAAGAAACAACUGGCUGGAACUAAAGCUGCGAAAAAAAAAACCACUACCGGUAGUUCCACAUCGGCUCUGACGAAUGCAAAAAGAAUGCUGAAAACCACGAAGCGGGGCACCAUUCUGAAGAAAGCCGCCGUUGCCGCACUGGUGAAGAAGCUCGGGGCGAAAAAGAAGCUGUUGGCCGCGAAGUUUCAGACCAAAGGGAAGGGGAAGACGGGGAAAAAGGGAGCUGCAUCUACUACUUCCGGUGGUCUUGUGGGGAAGAAGGGCAACAAGAAAGGAGAGAAGCCCUCCUCUAGUACCAAGGGCGGUAGUACCAGACCAGCGAAGGGCAAGGGAAAACAGCAGGGUAAAAAGCAGUCUUCGAAAGUAGAACAAGCGACAACUACUAGACCUGCAAUUAAGCGGACUCUCGUACUGAAGAAGAAACCCACGUCCACUAUCGGCAAGAUGUCAGCUUUGUCGAAAAAGCGGACACUCGCACAGAAGUUGAAACGCGUACGAGCUACAACGAAAAAGGGCGCGUCUAAGGGCGGAAAGGCGAGACUGGCUGCACGUGCCGCGGUUGUGAAAUUUCUGAAAGGACGGAAAAAGGCGACCCUCGUUCGAAAGGCAGGAGCGACGAUCAAGAAACCUAAAGGUGGUAGUGCGAAGGGCGGGAAGGUAUUGAUAUGGUUUUUUCCUUGAUCCUGCAUGACGUAACUUGGAAAUGAUCGGAACUUGACGCAAAUGCAGCACACAAGCCCAUUCACAUUUUGAUUUUUGUCGCAAAUUGAAUAAUUUCAUAUCUCGAACAACAAAACAGGGCAAAGGCAAGUCUGGCGACGGCACAAGCGGGAAAGGCGAUAGUACGAAAGGGAAGAAAGGAAAAAGCAGUGCUUCUACCGGGAACAAAGUGGUCCUCCGUCGGAACACCUGGUAUACCUACACGCCUCCAUCUUGGGCGAAGGGGAAGGAGAAGGGAAGCGGUAGCAAGGGCGGGUAUAACGGUGGUGCAGAUAAUUGGUCCGCUUCUUACUACGGCACAACGGGAAAGAAAGGUAGCAAAGACAAGUCCUACGGCGGAAAAAGUACCACCUCGAAAGGCAACGACGAUUAUUCUGCGUAUUCCGCUUUUGAGAAGGGCAUGAUGAAGGGAAAACCGUGGAUGAAGGGUAGUUCGAAGAACGGCUACCAAGAAGAACACAACAGUUACAACACCUCCUACACAGUCGAUCAUUCCGGCUCCUGGAAGGGGAAUAAAGGCGGUCAAGAAGCAUGGGAAGAUGAUUGGUACAACUCCAAAGGAAAGGGAAAGGGCUACAGCAAGAACCACGGCCCCUAUUCUGGAAAGAAGGACGGAGGUGUUGUAGCGCCGUAUUACGGCAAGAAAGACGGUAAGAACGGAAAGGGUGAUUACUGGUACGACGGGAAAAAAGGUGGUUACGGAAAGUCGUGGUAUAAUGGUGGGAAAAAUCACGAACAGCCCGAGGAUUUUUACAACUAUGAGGAAGAAGAACGAGAAGAACCUUACGUCGAAAACUACCGGACUCCACGGCUGAAUAUGGACUACGAGGACUGGAACGUCGGUUUUUACGAGCGGAAAGGCGGAUUUUCCUCGGGCAAGAAGGGAAAAGGGAAGAAAGGCAAUAAACGCGGUAAAGACCACGACGAGCACGACUCGUGGGAAGCCGGUCCGCCGAGAGCGAAUACUCGGAAUCGUUCCCGCAGCCGGUCCUGGAACAACCAGAAUCGGUAUAACGUUGAGCAGAGUUUUAACAACGACGAGCAAAGUUAUUCCGACAAUUCUUGGGAACAACCGGAGGUCGUUGACAACCGAGUAGAAUCCAGCAGCACUUCGAGACAGCACCCGGUCAGUAGGAACAAGAACACUAGUUCUACCGCCCGUCGUUCCGCUGGCAACAAGAUCAACGCUUUGGAUGUGAUCUCCUCCCACGGUCAAGUCGAAAAGAAAGCCCAGACUGUGGUUUACGGCAACAAGGGCCAUCUCCCAACAACCGUCGAGAAGUACCGGGGAUUCGGGAAAAUGAUCCAGAUUCACAACUGCCCGACCAACAUGUCGCAGGAGGAACUUAUGCGGGCGUUUGAGGAAGUUGGGGAUGUCGUUACGACGGAAAUUGACGAAAACGCGAAUUUGUGUUGGGUGGUGUUUGAAAAAUCGAAAGACGCCUAUGAAGCGGAACACCAAUUCGACGGCGGGGAGAUUAAUGGACGGACGGUGAAAAUUGUGGUGAUGUAGAAUCCGCAUGACAACGAACUGCUCUAGACGGUUUGUUCUCAACAUCUCUUGGUAGCACGACAUCUAUAGUGGAGCUGAGCGGACGUACAGCAGGGUUGGCUUUCUGCACAUCAUGCUCGAGAAUAAAGAUUUAAAAUGGUGGUUAUUUUCAUCUUUCGAGGAAUUUUUUCAGAACAAAAUGUUGGUUUAAGGAAGCCAAAAAGCAGUCUUUGAAAAUAAACCGUUUAUGUGCGACUGCGAUGUAGAUAUGGAAGGCUGUGGACCCUUUACGGCUUUUCAUUUUCUUCCUACCUGCGAGCCUGACUGGACGUGGCACAGAUGAUCAUGAUGAAUACUCACUUUUGAAUCAUUUUUUUGGGACGAGACAAAGGCAAACCACUUUCAAUUGAUUCGAACUGACACAACGGCGAU